AGCCGAAGUAGUUGGAGAAAACACGGAAAUUUAGGCAGCUCACCGAAGCACGAUGGCAUCAUUUUAUUCAAGGAAACGCUGUGGCGCACUCCACGAGCUCCUUUCGAAAGUUGAGUCUUAAACGUAUGUUGUUGAAUUAUCGCCGCUCGUCCAAAAUGUCCAAGUUCGGAGUAAUUAUUGUAAUAUGCUGCUGUACCGUCCUUGCGCAAGAGAAGAAGUCUGAGGGAUUAACUUCAGAUUUUUUGAAUUCGGCCAAAGUUCCAAAAAUCGGAUACGCUCCAGGUAUACAUCAAGCCGUCGCUAACACAGGAGCUCAACCGAAUCCGGCCAAUAUAUUUCCUGCUUUAAACGGCCUUGUUGGGAACGGUCAAAGUGAACCUCUAGGGACGUUCAGUGGACUGGCACAGGCAGGACAGAAAGCUCUCAUUGGCCUCGCUGAAGUUGGCGGACGGCUCUUCAGCGCCGCACUUCAACCGUUCCAGCAACUGGCACAAGACUUCUUUGAGCCAAGAUCAGCAACAGGUCCCGUGCAAGGACCUGGCGAUCAGGGAUUAUUCGGUGAUGUUAUUGGCCGUAGCGGAAACCUUACAGGAUUGCACACAGCCGGUCAACAGGUAGAGGCGAAUGUCAUUUCCAAGUCUAAGGCUUAGGGAAUGUCUACGAGUCACGGCUGCUCUGAACAAACGACGACAUUUCAAUUGAACACAACUUCGUUGAGUUUAGAUGCAGGUGAUACCAGGUCGCCGAUAACGAACGUACGAUCCUCCUGCCGAUCCAUAUAAUUUUCUAACUGUAACAGAUUAGAAUUUUCAUAUGAUUAAAUGUAAUACUAUGAUUAGUCUGGUAGUGAGGCUUCGAAUCUUUGCAUUGGUUCUAUCCUUUUAGCUAGGCCUUUCGAUCAGGAAAAGCCGGCUAAACGCUGCUAGGCCCAUUGUACCUUGUGUCGCAGACAAGUUUAUUCAACUGAUAAUAGAUAGUGGGCCGUACAGGCAGCGAGUGCAACAUAUUGCCAUGCAGUGGAAAAAAUUUUAGCCUAAAUGUUUUCCAUUCACUUCUAAAUGCAGACGCGCGUACUUAAAGCUGGAUUUGGCCUUCAACACGCAUAAGGGCUCUCAUUCGUCUAAUAUAUUCAGGAGAAUACUGUUAACCUCGCUGACUUCUAUCAGGGAUGCUCUAUGCAAUUAGUGCAAACGAUGAUAGCCCUUAUUUGGCCAAGCACCUAACUGGGUCAUAAAACACACCUCGUAUGCAUACACAUAUAUAUUGUAUUUAAUCCAACCUAUUAUUGAUAUGCUUCCCUUUCUCUAUUCGUUUAUCUAAAUCGAGCGUCAAUCUCCCAACCGCAUGGUCGUUUUGCGUUCCCUAUUCGACUAAUAAAGCACAUAUUAUAGAGAUGACAGAGCAAUUGCUUGCUACCGUUUAAAGUCGCAAACGCAAACAUUAAGAACACUCAAAUCAUCCUCUAAUUGUAGGGGAAGCCCUAAUUGCAGACGAAGCAUGUUCGUUCAACUGUAUUCGGUUGGCUAGGACAAUGACGUUCAGCUAUAGGCCGCUAUAGGCAAAUCAGAGGCAUAAACAUUUAACAAAAACAAAUAGGUAAACUCCGCUAUUCGAAGUCCAUCCAAUACGGGUAUUUUGCCCAUGCGUAUAGCUUUCACUCUAUCAGUCCUAUCUAACGACAGACGAAAAGCAUCCAUCCACAAUAUGCUGACUGGGGUGACUAAGCCACCGAUUUAACAAAGGGAUCUUUCAAAGACUUUAAGUAAUCUAUAUUGUACGAUUUUCGCGAACAAUAAAAAAGGGCACUGUUUAUUUA